AAACCUCCCACGGUAACAGAGGCCAAAGCCUAAACCCUAACCCCCACUUUAAAAUACAGGCGCACACUAGGGAGCAGAGAUCAUUCAAAUUCAGGGAUGGCUAAACCAAGCGAAGCUGGGAUGGAAGCACUGCACCACCUGAAAUCCACUGAUCCUCCAGUAUGGUUGGCACCAUCACCCACGCUCUCUCAGACGUCGCGGACGGCGUCUCAACAUCUGUUCUCUUGCCUUAAACCAUACGCUCCCAAAUCGCCGUUCGAUCAACUUUUAACUGAUGGAUUUGAUGCUGAGCAGAUUUGGCAGCAAAUUGACCUCCUUUCGCAGCCUCUUCUCUCCACCCUCCGUCGUCAAAUCAAGCACUUUGAGAAGCAUCCUGAGGAACUCAAGAUAGUCCUGGACGACGAGAAUAAGCUCCUUGAUGGGGAAAACAAGGCUUUAGAAGAGAAGGAAACCAAACGCUUUGAUGAUGAGGUUGAUGAGGAUGACAUGGAUAUGGAUAUGGAUAAAUUUGAUGAAGAGGAUGAGGACGAGGAAGAUGAAGGUGGAAGAAGAGAAAGUGAGGAAGGAGAGAGUGAAGAUGACGGUGAAGAAAUGGCGGAGGGGAAAGGGGGAGAAGGAAUAGAGGAUAAGUUUUUGAAGAUAAAAGAAUUGGAGGAGUAUUUGGAGGAGGACGAGGCAAGGGAAUAUGGAUUAGAUAGAAAGAAGAAAAAGGGUGAGCAGAAGAAUUUAAAUGAGCUAGACGAAGAAGAAGAAGAAGAAGAAGAAGAAGGAGAGGAGGACGAAGACGAAGACGACGACGAUGAUGAUGAGCUUGACGAUGAAGAUGAAGAUGCAGAAGAAAAUGCUAGAUAUGAAGAUUUCUUUGGUGCUAAAAAGAAGACAGUCUCAAAAAGAAAAUCCAGAUUGGCAGAUGGUUCUGAUGAAGAUUCAAGCUCUGAUGAUGAACAAGAUGAUGAUGGUGCAGAUGAGAAAAAGGGUGGUCUCUCUACCCAUGAAAAGCAACUUGCGAAGCUUCAGUCUGAGAUAGAGCAGAUGGAAAAGGCAAAUUUGGAGCCAAAGACUUGGACAAUGCGUGGAGAGGUUACAGCUGCUAGCAGGCCCAAGAAUAGUGCCUUAGAAGUUGAUUUGGAUUUUGAGCACAAUGUAAGGCCUGCCCCAGUAAUCACAGAGGAGAUUACUGCAUCAAUUGAAGAUAUUAUUAAACAAAGGAUCAUUGAGGGGCGGUUUGAUGACAUUCAAAAGGUUUCUAGUUUUCCCUCUACAGCUUCAAGAGAAGUUAAACAAUUGGAUGAGAAUAAGAGCAAGAAGGGUCUUGCCGAAGUUUAUGAGGAAGAAUAUAUUCAACAGACAAAUCCAGCUGCUGUUCCAAUAUCUUUCUCUGAUGAGCAGAAGAAGGAGGCAAGUACUCUUUUCAAGAAAUUGUGCUUGAAGUUGGAUGCUCUAUCUCACUUCCACUUUGCUCCAAAGCCUGUUAUAGAGGACAUGUCAAUUCAAGCUAAUGUUCCUGCUCUUGCUAUGGAAGAGAUUGCACCAACGGCAGUUUCAGAUGCCGCCAUGCUGGCUCCUGAGGAAGUCUUUGCUGGCAAAGGGGACAUCAAAGAAGAAGCAGAACUUACUCAGGCAGAGAGGAAGAGGAGGAGGGCUAAGAAGAAAAGAAAAUUUAAGGCUGAAGCAGCAAAAAGAAUGACUAAGAAAGCACGAGACAACGUUGCAUUGCUAAAUCACAAAAAUGGGGAGUAGCAACUUUUUCCUUGAAUAUGAUGCGCAGGACCAUUUUGGUUUCUAGUUCUUGACUAUCAGAUGCAGAGGGAAAAAUAGAAUGCGCAUUUUACUUUUCGAAUGAUUUCUCACUUGAUUUCCUGCUGUUAGAAAGUAAGGAGCAGUUGGAGAGAACAAACAAAUCCAUGAAGGAUGACAGAGUUUGAGAAAUGCUGAAGGGAAGCUUGUGAAGAAGUUUGCUGCCUUUUAAGGAUCAGGCAUAAAGUUUUGUUGUGUAAUUAUUCAUCCCGUGAAAUUAUUUCAUUCUGAUUAAUCCUUUGAUUGCAGAUUAUGUUUAUUCAA